AUGCACCUUGUGGGAUCCCUGAGCCAGGCGCAGUUUGGAGUGCUUCACCUUGCAGAGCUCGGGCCGCCAUCCUGCUAUCGGAGGCGAGCCAAUUCUAAGGAACCAGGCACCCGCUUGGCAUGCAAACAAAGCGACCAAGGCGUUGCACAACUAACAUUCACCGCAGACAAACAAGAGAAGAAGAUGAGAUUGUUGGCCAACACCACCGUGUGCUCUCAUGUGAUCCUGAACACCAAUCGUUCCACAGAUAUCUCCAGAAGAGGAGAGUCCUGUAUGGAUCACAUGACCACAUCAAUGAUGACCAUAGACAAAGACCUAAGUCACAUGACUGAGAAGAUAUUACAGCUCACCCUCGAGAUGAUCUACCUGCUGACCGGAGAGGGUUACACAGUGGUGACGAAGACAUCCGGUGAGAGUGUGACCUCCAGCAGACAUCACCAUGUGUCAGAAGGACGGAGAGGAACCCAGGAACAUAUCACUGACCCUUUGACUGUGUCCCUGUCUCCUCUAUGUGACAAAGAGAAGAAGAAGAUCCUAGAACAUGAAGAACGGAUCUAUAUGAAAGUUGAGGUUAAAGAAGAAGAAGAAGAGGAGGUCGGUGUGAAUGGUAAUCAUCAAACUGCAGAGACGGAUGAGAUGAUUAUAGCAAUUAAACAAGAGAAAUCUUCUCCAGAUAUCAGGACAAACGGCCGCCAUGUCCGGAAUACCUCGGAGGGAGAUCUUCACUCUGAAGGGAAUCACAUACGUCCAAUGAUACACCACAGAACAUAUUGUCUGGAGACAUCAAUGGAUCCCUCUAAUCCUGAGGAAUCUUCUGACCAAUCACAUCACAUGACUUCAGAUAUCCAUCUCGGCUCCCACAGUGAAGAUCCGUCUACAGAUCCAACUAUCCCCGAGGGAUCUUCUCUCAGCCAUGAAGGAGAUCACACAGGAGAGAGGUCAUUGUCAUGUUUGGAGUGCGGGAAAGACUUUAAGAUGAAAUCUGAACUUCUUCUACAUCUCAAAACCCACAACCAUGUGACCUUUCCAUGUCCAGUGUGCGGGAAAAGUUUCACUGAAGAAAGCAAGCUUCUUAAACACCAGAAAUAUCACAAGGGUGGGAAGUCUUACUCCUGUUCAGAGUGCGGGAAACACUUCAGUACAAAAGCAUACCUGGUUAUACACAAGAGAAUUCACAUGGGUGAGCAUCCUUAUUCAUGUCCAGAGUGCGGGAAAAGUUUUUUUGAUAAAAGAAGCCUUUUUAGACACCAGAAAAUUCACACGGGUGAGCGAUCAUUUCCAUGUUCAGAGUGUGAGAAAGGUUUUUCUGAUAAAAAUAAUCUUAUUUCACACCAGAGAAUCCACACAGGUGAGCGUCCUUUUUCAUGUUCAGAGUGCAAACAAAGUUUUGCUACCGUAGGAAACCUUAACAGGCACCAAAAAACCCACACAGGCGUGCGUCCGUAUUUAUGUUUGAAGUGCGGGAAAAGCUUCGCUGAAAAAGAAAGGUUUUCUAUACACCAAAUAAACCACUCGGUUCAGCGUCCUCAUUCAUGUUCAGAGUGCGGCAAAGGGUUCCUACAUAAAGGAGCCCUUACCGUACACCAAAGAAUUCACACAGGUGUGCGUCCUUAUUCAUGUUUGGAGUGUGGGAAAUGUUUCAUUACAAAGGGACAUCUAAAUGGACAUCUGAGAACUCACACUGAGUGCGGAAAAAGUUUCACCGAGGAAAGCAAGCUUGUUAAACACCAGAAAAGUCACAAGAGUGAGAAUUAUUUUUCCUGUUCAGAGUGCGGGAAACACUUCAGUAGGAGAUUGUACAUGGUUAGACACCAGAAAAUUCACACAGAAUGUGGAAAGAGUUUUACUAGGAAAGAAGACCUUCUUGGACACCAGAGACUUCAUUCAGGUGACUGUCCGUAUUCAUGCUUAGAGUGUGGGAAAAGUUUCACUAGGAAAGGAAAUAUUCUUAGACACCGGAGAAUUCACACAGAAAGACCUCUAAGUAGUAUGAACUCUGGAGGAACUCUGUGUAGACAUUAUUCAUCCCGGGACAGUCCAGAUCAUUCUCAUGUUAUUAUCCAUCUACAGAGAGGAGAGUCCUGCAUGGAUCACAUGACCACAUCAAUGAUGACCAUAGACAAAGACCUAAGUCACAUGACUGAGAAGAUAUUACAGCUCACCCUCGAGAUGAUCUACCUGCUGACCGGAGAGGGUUACACAGUGGUGAAGAAGACAUCCGGUGAGAGUGUGACCUCCAGCAGACAUCACCGUGUGUCAGAAGGACGGAGAGGAACACAGAACCAUAUCCUUGUCCCUUCAACCAUGUCCCUGUCUCCUCUAUGUGACAACAAGAAGAAGAAGUUUCUAGAAUUCACCAAGAAGAUGAUUGAGCUGCUGACGGGAGAGAGAGGAGAGUCCUGCAUGGAUCACAUGACCACAUCAAUGAUGACCAUAGACAAAGACCUAAGUCACAUGACUGAGAAGAUAUUACAGCUCACCCUCGAGAUGAUCUACCUGCUGACCGGAGAGGGUUACACAGUGGUGAAGAAGACAUCCGGUGAGAGUGUGACCUCCAGCAGACAUCACCGUGUGUCAGAAGGACGGAGAGGAACACAGAACCAUAUCCUUGUCCCUUCAACCAUGUCCCUGUCUCCUCUAUGUGACAACAAGAAGAAGAAGUUUCUAGAAUUCACCAAGAAGAUGAUUGAGCUGCUGACGGGAGAGGGUGAAGAACUGAAAGACAUUAAAGCUGAGGACAAAGAGGAAGGAGAGAUGUUGGUGAGUGGAGAUCAGCAGUCCAUACAGAAUGACGGUCCUCUAUAUUCUCGGGGUUUCUUCAAGAAAGAUCACAGCUGUACGCGCCAGGAUCAGGGCGAAGAUCUGAAGGACAUUAAAGUUGAGAUAAAAGAGGAAGAAGAAGAGACCCAUGAAGGAGAUCACACAGGAGAGAGGUCAUUGUGUUGUUCGGGGUGCAGGGAAUACUUUAGGAUGAAAUCUGAACUUCUUCUACAUUUCGAAACCCACAACCAUGUGACCUGUUCAUGUCCAGAGUGCGGGAAAUUUUUCACUGAGGAAAGCGAGCUUCUUAAAUACCAUAACAGUCAUGAGGAUAAGAAUCCUUAUUCGUGUUCAGAGUGCGGGAAACGCUUCAGUAGGAAAUUAUACAUGAUCAGACACCAGAAAAUUCACAAAGGAAAGAAGACCUUCAAGGACACCAGAGAAUUCACACAGGCGAGUGUCCGUAUUCAUGCUUGGUGUGCGGGAAAAGUUUUACUAGGAAAGGAAACAGUCUUAGACACCGGAAAAUUCACUCAAGUGAGCGUCCGUAUUCAUGUUCAGAGUGCGGGAAAUGUUUUACUGACAACGGAACUCUUCUUAGGCACCAGAGAACUCACACAGAGAAGAGAGUCCUUUAUAGAUCACAUGACCACCUCCAAGAGGAUGGAUGAGGACCGGAGUCAAAUAAGUGAGCGAAUAUUGAACCUCACCCUGGAGAUCAUCUACCUGCUCUUGGGCGAGCAUGAAGAACAGAUGUAUAUGAAAGUUGAGGUGAAAGUGGAAGAGGAGGAGACCUAUGUGAUGAGAUAUCAGCAGGCCACGGAGGAGGAGGGGAUGAUGGAGAAAAUUAAGCAGGAGGAAUCUUUUCUAGAAAUCAGCAGAGACGGCCGCCAUGUCCGGAAUACCUCGGAGGGAGAUCUUCACUCUGAAGUGAAUAACAUACGUCCAAUGAUACACCACAGAACAUAUUGUCUGGAGACAUCAAUGGAUCCCUCUAAUCCUGAGGAAUCUUCUGACCAAUCACAUCACAUGACUUCAGAUAUCCAUCUCGGCUCCCACAGUGAAGAUCCGUCUACAGAUCCAACUAUCCCCGAGGAAUCUUCUCUCAGCCAGGAAGGAGAUCACACAGGAGAGAGGUCAUUGUCAUGUUUGGAGUGCGGGAAAGACUUUAAGAUGAAAUCUGAACUUCUUCUACAUCUCAAAACCCACAACCAUGUGACCUGUUCAUGUCCAGUGUGCGGGAAAGCUUUCACUAAAGAAAACAAGCUUCUUAAACACCAGAAAAGUCACAAUGGUGAGAAUUCUUAUUCCUGUUCAGAGUGCGGGAAACACUUCAGUACAAAAGCAUACCUUGUUUUACACCAAAGAAUUCACACAGAGUGUGACAAACGUUAUGCUGACAACGGAAGCCUUCAUAGACACCAGAAAACCCACACGAGUGAGCGUCCAUAUUCAUGUUUAGAGUGCAGGAAAAGGUUCUCUGAUAAAGGACAGUUUCUUACGCACCAAAAAACCCACACAGUUAAGCGUCCUCAUUCAUGUUCAGAGUGCGGGAAAGGCUUCCUUCGGAAAGCAGGACUUAUUGCACACCAGAGAAGUCACACAGUGAAGAGAGGGAGCACGCAAGUGGAUAGCAAUCAGCAGACAGACAAGUACGGCCACUCGCCCCUCACAUGUGAAAGCACGGGGAAUCACGAGGGGCUAGGAGUAAACUCGGGUGAAUAG